AUGAGAAGUAAAGAGAAUAAGUCUGACACUGAUUUCCCACCUAAACCACCCUCUAAGAAAUUAAUUCAUAAAAUAAUUAGUGGAUUCUGUGAAGACACACUCCCUUCCAAACUUCUUGAAUCUGGAUGCACAGUUUGUGGUCAGCUAACAAAAUUAUUGGACAUGUUAAAACAAUCUGAUACCUCAAGUAACUUAGAGGAAAUCUAUGAGGAAUGA